AUGGCCACCAUUACCUUCAACAGCAAAAAAACCAACCUUGGAGCUGUGCUGAAAAGCAUAGCUUUAGCGGGAUACGAUAACCAGGAUUUCCUUGCACCCGAUGCAGCCUACAAUUCGCUGCCCGAUUGCUGCAAAUACGAAAGAGAAAAAAAAACUGCGGUGAAAGUAGUACCAAAAGAAACGGCCAUGCCAGAGAUGAACCACCAGGAGCAUAAAGAAGCUGCUGGGGUAGUCAACCCGGCGCAGGCAAAUCCGUUCCAGGCUAUUUAUAGCAGUUAUUUUGCCAUAAAAGAUGCGUUGGUAAAAGCAGAUGCAGCUGAUGCUACCGCAAAGGCCGCCAUGCUGGUUGCAGCAUUGGACGCUGUAAAAAUGGAAACCCUGAAAGCCGGUGAACAUACCGUUUGGAUGAAGGAACUAAAAGAUCUGAAAACCGCUGCCAAACAAAUUGCCGGAUCAACAACAAUAGAAAAACAAAGGGCCUCCUUUGCUGCGCUUUCACCACAUGUAUAUGCGUUGGCAAAAGCAUCGGCCCCCAUAGAAAAAACAUACUACCAAAACUGCCCCAUGUACAACGAUGGCAAAGGUGCCAACUGGUUAAGCAAAGAAAGCGGUAUCAAAAAUCCGUAUUACGGUGCUAUGAUGCUCAGCUGCGGCAAAACGGUAGAGGAAAUACAAUAA